AUGGAGGAGAAGCCGAAGGAGGGCGAGGCCGGGGUCGCGGAGCCCUGGUUGUCCAAGUGGGAACGCCAGUGUCUGGCCGAGCAGGAAGAGCAGGAGCUGCCCGAGCUGCAGGAGGAGGCGGCCGCCGAGGCUGCGGGGCUGAAGAGCGAGCAGCAGAAGCUGUGGCAUCUCUUCCAGAUUUCAGCCACUGCCGUGGCCCAGCUGUACAAGGAUUCUGGAUGCCAACAGCCAGGAGGACUCUCCGUGUGGGACCCUUUCCAGCAUGCGGCCAUGGCCGUGACCAGCCUCUACAAAGAGAGCGGGAAUGCCCACCGGCGAAGUUUCGAGCUAGGCGUGCAGGUUGGCUACCAGCGUCGCAUCAAAGAUGUGUUGGAGUGGGUGAAAAAGGGCCGAAGCACCAUUCGUCGCGAAGACCUGAUUAGCUUUCUCUGUGGCAAAGCACCCCCCAGCCCAGCCCCACCACGCCCUCCCAGGAUGUCCCCGAAGCCGCCCACCGGGGCCACUGGGCCAGGCACGGCCACCGAAUCCAGCUCGUCUGUGGACGUCGACCUGCAGCCUUUCCACGAGGCCAUCGCGCUGCACUGCCUCAGCGGUGCCAUGGCGGGCAUCAGCAUGCGCUCUGGCGCUCCUGGCUCCCCGUCUCAGGAGAGUGCUGUCGCCAGCAAUGGACGCCGAAGAAAUACCUUCUUUGGGGAUGGCCUUGACCCCGAAGAAGUUGCCCAACACCUGGACAGUGGGGGGACCCGCAAGCGCAGCUCAGCCUGCUGCGGUGAUGGCAUCACAGACUCCCCAACCUAUAAGCGCAACCGAAUGGCCUAG